UAAAAUCAUCCCAUCGGCGUUGCCGAGCAAAGAAGGUUAGCCCUUUCUGUCGCCCAUGGCGCCGGCCCUUCUGCUCCUCGUCCUCGUCCUCUCGGUCUCCUCCGCGCCGGACGCUUCCGUGGCGCAAUCUGACAUCGGGUACAUCUCCGCUGUGAUAUCCGAGUCUGGUCUCGCCUUCGCCAAGGACCUGCUCGUCGAGCGGGCGAUUGACUCGCUCAUCCCGCUCCGCCUCCACGACAUCGAGAAGUCCGUGCACAUUCCUUUGAUUGGAUGGGUACACAUGCGCGCCGCCAACAUCACCCUCUCAUCCAUCGACGUCUCCUCUUCCACGGUCAAGCCUGGGGAGUCCGGGAUUGUCAUCGUCGCCUCCGGCGCCACCGCGAGCUUGAGCUUUGAUUGGUCGUAUUCUUACAGUAGUUGGCUUAUCCCUAUCGAAAUCUCUGAUAAAGGAAGGGCCUUUGUUCAGGUUGAAGGCAUGGAAGUUGGGCUAACCAUGACCAUGGACAGAAAGAAUGGAACACUGGAGCUGGCUGUUGCACAAUGUGGUUGUUACAUGGAAAAUUUAGUCAUAACUUUGGAUGGAGGAGCAUCUUGGUUCUACCAAGGGUUUGUAUAUGCUUUUGCAAAUCAUAUCCAAAUUGCUGUAGAAGAUGCAAUUACACAGAAGAUUGUCGAAGGGGCACAAAAGCUUGAUUCAUUACUUCAAACUCUUCCAAAAAAAAUUGAUGUGGACAAAGUCUCUGCUCUAAAUGUCACAUUUGUGAAUGACCCAAUUCUCACAAAUUCUUCUCUUGAGCUGGAUAUUAAAGGCUUGUUCAUUUCAUCAGACAAAACUUAUGCUCAUAAUUACCUUCACAAGAUGUCUAAGCUCUCAUAUACUUGUUACGGGGAACAAAAAAUGCUUUCAAUUUCACUGGAUGAAGCCGUGCUUAAUUCUGCAUCUGUCAUAUACUUCCAGGCUGGUUUGCUGCAUUGGAUGGUUGACAAGAUACCUCAGCAGUCUCUUCUGAACACUGCCAGCUGGAAAUAUCUUAUUCCUCAAUUGUACAAGAAGUACCCUAAUGAUGACAUGGUACUGAACAUGUCAGUAACUUCUCCUCCAGAUGUGUGGAUAAUCUCACAAAAACUUGGAGCUGUUGCCUUUUUAGAUAUGACUGUUAUUGUCUUGGAUGGCGAUGCAAGAACUCCUGUUGCAUGCAUAUCAAUGGUGGUUAAUGUCUCUGGAGCAGUCACAAUAUCUGGCAACAAUCUAGCUGGUCAAGUUGGGUUAGAUGACUUCACCCUUUCCCUAAAGUGGAGUGAUGUAGGCAAAUUUCAUAUGUCCCUAAUACAGGGGGUAGUGCGGGUUUUUCUGAACACAGUAUUCCUUCCAUACGUAAAUUUGCAACUUCGGCAAGGAUUUCCUCUUCCAAUUAUCAAAGGUUUCACCCUCCAAAAUGCAAACAUCCUUACUACUAGCUCAGUGAUGGUUGUAUGUUCUGAUUUGGUGUUUAACAAGUCGAUCAGUUUAUUUUCUUCUUUCUAGCAUUGAUUCAUCCACCUCACGGGAAAAUACACACGUCGAAGGGAAUGGCUCUUGCGUUUGGUAUACACAAAUAAACAUCAUGUCUAGUUAGCUCGUUUAGGGUUUGUGUACCUUUACUUUAAUGUUCUUCCAUGUAUAUUUAAAUUGUACACCAUCUCUUCUUGUAAUUAAUAUUCUAGAUUUAACUUGUUAUACUUGUCACAA